AAAUUUGAAACCAUUUACACUCGGUAUUUUCAACAGACAGAAUUGUGUAGUUCAGAUUUUAAUUAGUUUUGCUCUCUGUUCGUGAAGAAAUGUCGCACUACGACAACCAAUUUAGUGCAGGCCAGGCCUUGCAGACGGACGAAUACGGCAAUCCCAUUCGUCAAACCGACGAAUAUGGGAACCCAGUCCAUCACACUGGAGGUACCAUGGGAGACUAUGGAACCACCGGAACAGGAGGUGCCUAUGGAACUCACGCUGGCGGUGGCGCCGGCCACACCACUGGCAUACUUGGUGGGGAACACCGUCCCGGCCAUGAGCACGGUACUCUCGGUGGCAUGCUCCACCGUUCUGGAAGCUCCAGCUCCAGCUCUAGCUCUUCGGAGGAUGAUGGACAAGGCGGAAGAAGGAAGAAGAAAGGGAUGAAGGAGAAGAUUAAGGAGAAAUUGCCAGGAGGUCACAAAGACGAUCAGACUCAUUCAACUGCAACAACUACGACUACCGGUUAUGGUAUGGAAGGGGAGCAUCAUCAUGAGAAGAAGGGAAUCAUGGACAAGAUUAAGGAGAAGCUUCCUGGCCACCAUGGACCUGGCCACCACUAGAAAAGCUGCUGCCAAACAAUAAAAUCCCUUUAAAGAUACAUGUAAAAUGUUGGUCUAAUACUUUUUGUAUUUCAACGUUGUUUCUAGUUAUUAGUCUUUUGAGUUUUGAGAGCGUGGCGUUUAUUUGAAUAAAGCCAUGUUAGACUCUUAAGUAGUGGAAGCAUAGUCUUACAUGUAAUAAGUACGUUGUAAUGUUGCAAGCACGUUGUGUCGUGUACCUCGUUAUAGUGAUGUGUCGUGAAUGUAUUUAAAUUCAUAGGAACAUUUUUUCUUUCU